CUUCUAUUUAUGUCCUUGAAAUGAGAGUUUUUAUUUUCCAAAAGGAUAAAGUAGAAAUCCAUCAAGAUUUUGCUUUUUUUAUAUCUCUUUGCAAUGAAAAUAUGGAAAUCAGAACAUACAUUUGAUCAUCCAUGGGACACAGUAACAAAAGCAGCUUGGAGAAAAUAUCCAAAUCCUAUGAAUACCUCAGUUCAUUCAAUUGACGUUAUUAACAGAUCAGUUGAUGCUCACUCAGGUGCCUUAAUUACUCAUAGAUUAAUUCAAACAUCUUGGCGUAUACCUGCCUGGAUACAGAAAUUUAUCAAUAUAAAUCCUGAUUGUUAUGUGAGUGAAAUAUCUCAAUUGGAUCCCAAUAAGAAAAUAAUGACUUCUCAAUCGACAAAUUUAUCUAUGGUGCAAAACAUAGCUAUAGAGGAAAGAUUGAUUUAUUCUCAACAUCCACGAGAUAUCAAUAAGACACAUAUGAUAAAUGAAUCAACUAUAACAAUAAAAGGAGUCCCUCUAUCAAAUUAUUUGGAAAAAAUUAUUGAAAAUACCAUGGUAUCCAAAUCUAACUCAGGGAAAUUAGCCAUGGAAUGGGUCAUUGAAAAAAUCAAUAAUGAAGUGAAAGAAAUUUCAAAAAAUUCUACAUUUAAUCAUUCAAAUGACAAUUAUUUAUAAAAAAAAAUUGAAUGAAGCCAAAUUAUACUUUUUAAAGGAAAAUUGAUAAUGUUGAUAUUCUCAUUUUAUAUCAAUUAUGAUUGGACAUAGCAAAAUUAAUUUAAUUAUACAAAAAUGUAACUAAUCAAUUUUUUUAGCAAAUGAAUAAAAAAUUUAAAUUUU